UCUGUAUGUGCAGAAAGAAAAAAAGCAAAAUCAUUUGGUGAAUUUUUCAUCUAGAACUGUUAUUUGAUUUUUUUCCAUUAUGUCUCGUGGAAGCAGUGCGGGUUUUGAUAGACACAUAACAAUAUUUUCACCAGAGGGUAGACUUUAUCAAGUUGAAUAUGCAUUUAAAGCCAUAAACCAAGGAGGGCUCACUUCUGUUGCCAUCAGAGGAAAGGAUUGUGCUGUAGUAGUUACCCAGAAGAAAGUGCCUGAUAAAUUAUUGGAUGCUGAUACAGUGACCCAUUUGUUUCAACUGACAGAAAAUCUAGGCUGUGUUAUGACAGGCAUGGUUGCUGACAGCCGUUCACAAGUACAGAGGGCUCGAUAUGAAGCAGCCAAAUGGAAGUAUACUUACGGAUACGAGAUUCCAGUGGAUGUUCUCUGUAAACGGAUGGCAGACAUAUCUCAAGUCUACACACAAAGUGCAGAGAUGAGGCCACUUGGUUGCAGUAUGAUUGUGAUAGGAUACGAUGCUGAGUAUGGACCACAGGUAUUUAAGACAGAUCCUGCUGGCUACUAUUCUGGCUAUAAGGCUACAUCAGCAGGGGUCAAACAACUAGAGGCCAACAGUUUCCUUGAAAAGAAAAUCAAGAAAAAGCAAGACUUUACAUAUAAUGAGGCAGUGGAAGUUGCUAUUACCUGUUUAUCAACAGUACUCUCAGCUGACUUCAAGUCGUCAGAAAUAGAAGUGGGGGUGGUAACUACUGAGAAUCAGCAUUUCAAGAAAUUAACAGAAGAAGAAAUUGACCAACAUCUUGUAGCCAUAGCUGAAAAGGACUGAGGGAUCUGCACACUUAAUGAUUGAGUCUUAUUACUGACAUACAAAUGUAUCAUGAUCCAAAAAAAAACAAUAGUCUAAUGUCCUUGCAUUUUGCGAUGUUGAUAUAUCUUAAAUAAAUACAUGACAUUCA